CGGCAUAGCGGCUGCUCCCGCCGGGCCCAGCGCUUCCUGCGCCGCCCUCAGCCCCGCUCAGACCGGCCAUGGCGCGGCCGGAGGCUGGUUAUGAGGCGGCGGUGCCGCCCCGCCCCGCCUGCACCUACACCAGCUGCUACUGCGAAGAAAAUGUUUGGAAGCUUUGUGACUACAUCAGGAGUCAGGAUCGGUACCCUUUAGAAGAAUUUUAUGCUGUUUUCAUAUCCAAUGAUAAGAGGAUGAUUCCACUCUGGAAGCAGAAAUCUGGACAUGGAGAUGAGCCUGUUGUCUGGGACUACCAUGUUAUUCUACUUCAUCUUUCCAGCGGGGAGCAGAACUUCAUUUAUGAUCUUGACACAGUGUUGCCAUUUCCAUGUCCUUUUGAUGUGUACAGUGUGGAGGCCUUUAGGUUGGAUGACAGCCUUCGUCCAGAGUUUCACAGAAAAAUCAGAAUGAUUCGAGCAGAUUUGUACUUGAAGACAUUUGCUUCAGACAGAUCUCAUAUGAAGGAUGCAAAUGGGAAAUGGCAGAAACCUCCUCCUCCAUACCCUUGCAUUGAAACUGCAGAUUCCAAGAUGAACUUGGAUGAUUUCAUCAGUAUGAAUCCCGAAGUGGGAUGGGGCUCAGUGUUCUCCCUUUCAGACUUUGUGCAUCGAUUUGGCAGUCAGACUGAUUAUUCCUUGGAAGGACAGUAAAGUGUACAAACUUCGGGUUCUGAGUGGAUGUGUUUUGUUUUGCUGCUCUUACACUGUAUUUAUAGUUUAAAUUUCUGUACAUGGAAUAAGUAUUUGGAAAACUAGAACAUUUAGACAGAAAUAUAAUGAACUGAAUAAAACCCUUUAUUUUAA